AUGCCACAAAGCACCUUUUCCAACGUAGAUUGUCUCCAGCAGACGGCCGAGAAGGUUAAGUUCCCCAGCAUGAAGCAGGCCUUCAAAAAAACAUUCCAAGCUAACCACCAACAGCCAACCGGGAAGCCCGCGGUAGCAUCUGACAAGAAGCUUGGUAGCGAGCAGGCCACAACUAUUUGUCAGUCGCCUCUAGCCGGGCAUUAUAACGACAAGGAGGAGCAAACGCCGCUUAUAGAUAGGGAAGGCGCAGAUAAGGCGACAGAGCGGAAGCAGAAAGUCGUAUUCAUUAUCGGACCUGAGGAAGAGGAGGAAGAAGAGCAAAAUUGUAAGUCCGAAGUCAAGCCGAAGGCUUUCGUCUGA